AUGAGUCCGCGGCACGGAGAGACACAGACCGGGAGAACUUGGUCUAUAUCAGCACUGCAUCAAAUCACCAUCCUGCAGCCCUGCAGCCAGAGCUCAGCUGAGAAGAUGCUAAGAGACAGAAAGGCGUUUGGUGACUUGUGCCCUAACAAAAAGGUUUGGUGUCUCUUUCACUUCUCAGUAUGCUGUCAAUACAGGUCUGUUAUGUGGAGCUAAAAGAUGUUUUCUCUGCAGGAUAAAAUGCUGGUUCCGAGAAGCAGUAGUCCUGUCACUGUGUACGUGGAGCUUCCUCUCAUCAUCGAGCAAGGUAUGCAUGUGUUUUUGCACUGCUAUCAUGCGCGCCAGCAUACGUGCGAACGCACAAGUAUCCACAAUGACAUCAUGCACAGUCACUUUUUCUGUGGUUGCAGCUUUUUCAACAAUUGCGUGGGAUGACUUGGAGGAUUGUGCAUCAGUGGCGAGACAGAGGAACGAUUCCCUUAACACUCAGGUGAGGAUCAAGAUCUCUAAAAUUCCAUGUUCUGUUUCCAAUAACUGUGACCCACUUGAGUGAUAUAAUCACGGGUAAGCAUCCUCAUCACUCUCAGGCUGUUAAUGUUUGACACGCUGUGGUGGAAUGAAGUGCUGUUUACUCAUGACACGCAGGCUACCGCUAAUUGGCUGGACCUCACAAGUUUUUGUCCGCAAGCUGCCUCUUUGGCACAGCUCCCCGUGCGCCAAAAACGCAUUACGCGGCAGCAAAUUUACUGAAAUGACCACCAUGACAUAUUUUGCCAUUGAUUCAGAUUACCCUGCGUGGUCAUGGUGGGGUUCUCAGGUCUGGGAUGAAAUUGUUUGUCUUUUGAGAAUGAAAAUUUCAGGAUGUAUUCAUGUCUGUUAACCAUGAUUUUUACGCACACGCAGGUGAACGAACCGAAUACGCAUGACCAGGAUUUUGGAGAUUAUGCGCUGGACUGUAUGGCAGGUGAGCAAACAAAUAAUCUCCGUUGUUAAUGCAAAUUUGGCGUGCAAGCAUCUACAUAUAUCUCAGUCAAUGUAAUCGUUUUGUAGACUGAACCACUGGCUGUUUGUCUCCUCUGUCAGAUUCUCCUGCCACGUUAGAGAGCAGUCUGUCUCCAGCUGAACUGGUCCCAUUUCACGGCUGUGUCAUACCUCCACUCACACCUCAGAGGUUUCUUUCCACAGAGGACAGUUUGGUUCAGUCCUCCACAGAAGCAGGAAACCAGUCCGCCCAAGAUGGAGCUCUGUGGAUGGAUAUUACCCAGUGCCAAGAGAAAGCAUGGGGGGAGUCCAUGGAAGUCAACCACCAGGUAAACCCUCACUAAAGGAUUGAUAGUAAAUGUUCUGUCUUUGAGACUGGUGGAUUCUCAUCUGGACUUGUCGAUUAUUUUUCACUCAUUAGGCUGCAUUUAUGUGGAUUUUGUCAUGAUGGAUGAAUGAGUUGGUGAAAUGUGUGAUGUUUGGAAAGAAAAACCAAAACUUUGGUGACUUCAGGCAAAUUAAAAGUGGAGUUUGCAACUAACUUUGACAGACUUUCAGGGGGAGAUGACAAAGUGACAUGAUGUGGCAAGUCUGAUUAGUCCACUUACAUAGCUACCCAUAGGUAGGUAGCUAUGUAAGGCAGGCAGUUUACUCAGGUAUACUUGGGUAAACUGCCUGUGCGCUCAAUGUGCAUGCUCUCAGUGUGCCAUAAACCUAAACUAGCAAUCUAAUGGCACAACAAUGACCAGAAAAGGCAAUCUGACUGUGAAACAGGAAAAUCAGCACAAGUAUGUUGCAUAAACACAUAGUUGUACAUACAUUUUCCAUGCAAAGGCACAGAAAAGUGCAAGUUGUCCUCUGUCUGAACACAUUUCUUUGUGUCUCUGCAGCUCAAGGAGACUCUACAGAGGAAACAGGAAGAGAUCGACUCGCUUCAGGAGAGAAAUCUUCAUCUCAAACAGCUUGCUAGCCGAGCGAAGCACCUAGCCUCAGUGCUAGAGGUGAGUAAAUGAUAGUUACACUACAUAAAGGAUACACUACAUACAGGAUUGUAUUGUCAUAGAUUAUGUCAUAUUCUUAAUGUCUUCUCUUUUCCAUCAUUUUUUUCUCAGAAACUAAUGACAGACAGAGAUUCAAAUGCAAGCGAGCCAGCAAUGCCUCAUGGUGAGAAAACUUCCCUGAGUCCCUGUAAGCGUCAGCGUCUGGAUGAGGGAUAUGAAACGGAGUCAUCUGACUCGGUGGAGGACAUGUUGAGGGACAUCAGCACACGCUGCAACGCUGUCCUCCACAGCACUGCCAAGGGGACUAAACCUCAUCAGGAAUCAGAGACUGUUCGCAUGUUCGGUUCAUUCUCAGGCCUGCAGACUUGUUUUUCCAAAGACAGCAACGUCACCACAGAUGAGGCAGAGUCUGAAGAGAGUGUCUCAUCUUUCAGGACUUCUAUCAGAGAACACAGCACCAUCAGGACUCAGGUGUUUCCUCACGGACGGGCCUUCACGUCCACAACUCAACAAGGAGGAUACCGCUUUCGCUGGGUUCCAAACCACAGCUGA